AGUCAUAAUUGAGAAUUUGCAAAAAAACGUUGUAUCCAUACGAGACAAACAAAUAUUAUAAAUACAGCGGCUGUUGGGAAAAUAUAUUAAAAAAUAUUUUCCUAAUCUUUAUUUUUUUACUUUGCAUCUACGGCGAAGUAAAAGGCCAAACAGCAAUAAAGUGGAAUAAUUUAGAAAUUACAAAAAAUAAAAAAAUUACUUUUCAUAAAAAAUUAUCGAUGAAAAAUGUGUGUUAAUAUGGUAUAACAUAACCAUAGAUUUUUUAAGAAAUUUUUUUCCAAAAAAAGAUAGUGAGAGUGUCGAACCGCACUGCCGCCCAACCUCAGUAGCAGAAUAUGAAAUGAGAUUGUCGUCUGUUGGCAAAAAAGCAACAAAAAAGUGUAAAAAUUAAUACAUAUAAUAAAAAAAUUAAGAAAAUUUGCGAAAAUAAUAUUUUGUGUUAUUUAAAAAAUCGUGUUAUUAGUAAAGUUAAAAAAUUUUAAAUUACGAUAUCUUGGAAAAAAGAAAUAGUGACAAACGGAAAUACACAACUGUAAAUAUUGUUGUGUUUGUUGUAUGACGUAUAGUGUUGCCUGAUUUUUUUAUAUUUAUUUAUUGGCUCUAUUUUAGCGUGUUUACGCAGAUCCAUGAGUGCGUGUGUGUUUGUUAUUUUAAGAAAAUUUUUACCAAUGAGCUGGACUUGAAAUUUAAAAAGAAACGUGUUAAAAUUUUCUUUUAAACUUUAUACACGUACCUUAAUUUAAAUCUUAAUAUUGUUUUGACACACGUGCGCAAAUCAACCACAAAUCAAUCAAAAUGCGUGUCGUUGCUAUGGUAAGUGGUGGCAAGGAUAGCUGCUACAAUAUGAUGCAGUGUGUGGCCGAGGGCCAUGAAAUAGUUGCAUUAGCCAAUUUACAUCCCAAGGAUAGAGAUGAACUUGAUAGUUUUAUGUACCAAACUGUUGGUCAUAUGGGUAUUGAGAUCUUGGCUAAGGCAAUGGGUUUACCAUUGUAUCGUCAAGAGACUAAAGGAAAAAGUACCCAAACUGGCAAACAAUAUGUGCCCACGGACAAUGAUGAAGUUGAAGAUUUGUAUAAUUUAUUAGCAUUAUGUAAGGAAGAAGUACAAGCUGAAGCGGUGGCUGUAGGUGCCAUACUCUCCGAUUAUCAACGAGUCAGAGUGGAGAAUGUAUGUAGUCGUUUGAAUUUAGUGUCAUUGGCCUAUUUAUGGAGGAGAGAUCAGACUGAACUACUGCAAGAAAUGAUUGAUUGUCAAGUUCAUGCCAUAUUAAUAAAAGUGGCUACUUUGGGUUUAGUUCCUGAUCGUCAUUUAGGAAAAUCACUUAGAGAAAUUCAACCUCAUUUGAUAAAAAUGCGUGAUAAAUACGGUUUGAAUGUUUGCGGUGAAGGUGGUGAAUAUGAAACUUUUACCCUAGAUUGUCCUCUCUUUAAGCAGCGUAUAGUAGUUGAUGAUAUACAAACUGUUAUUAGUUCUGCUGAUCCUAUUUGUCCCGUUGGCUAUAUUAAUUUCACCAAACUAUCGUUACAACCCAAAGAAGCGCAACAGAGCUGUGAUGUUUUUGUGAAAAAAUCUCUGGACUACAUAAGUGACCUCAAUGAAUCCACAUAUAGUGACCUCAGUGAUCCCGAUCUCAGUGAAACUGAGCUUGAAUUGAUCGAAAAGGAGACACGCAUGCGUGAAUCCCUUAGUCAAAAUGAAUUGAUAUCGCGUAGCAACUCAUUUGGUCGACAUCUUGCCACCUCAUCCUCACCCAUACCGAUAGUGACGAAGAGCGCAAGUGUUGAUGAGCAAACACCAUCUGCAUUGCUAUCCUCGUCGGCUGCUCUGUGUACUGCCUCAUUGCAGGCUGGCAGUUUUGGUCCGCCACGUCCCUUGGGCAGUAGUACAGCAGCAGUCUGCGGUAGCCUAUCGUUAGCCAUUUCCUCGAUGGCUUUAACAGCCGGUGGGGUUGCUGGUGGUGGUUUAGGUGGCGGGAUGUCGUCACUUAUAAGUGGUUGCUUAAAUACACAGCCACCGAGUCCUCUUAAAUAUGAGCGUGAAUUCCGUCCAUUGAAUAAUCGACCCAUAGUUGCCAUUAAUCACAAAGGUUGGAUGUGGGUAACAGGCAUACAAGGUUGUGCAGCCACAUUAGAAGAGGGUAUGCAGCAUGCCUUAGACUCCCUACGCUCCUUAGCUGCAGAGCACAAUUAUGAGAUGAAUAAUUACUGUUACAUUACAAUGUAUGUGCGUUCCAUUAGCGAAUACGCCACGGUUAAUAGAAUUUACGGACAAGCUGUAAAUUUCCAAAAUCCACCCACUAGGGUGUGUGUUGAAUGUCCAUUGCCGGAAGAUUGUCAUGUUGUAUUGGAAGCUAUUGCUUUUAAAGCACCCAUGCGUAGAAGAGCAACACUUUCUAUACAAGAAAGUGAGGGUUCAGAUGAUCAAUUAUCUAACGUCAUGGUUAAUAGCUGUAGCAGUAGUUGCACAAAUGAUGUAUCAUGCAAACGUAACACUAUGCAUGUACAAAGUAUAUCACAUUGGGCUCCAGCCAAUAUUGGUCCAUACAGUCAAUCCACCAAGAUUGAUGAAAUAACUUAUAUCUCUGGUCAAAUUGCUUUAGUACCUGGUAGUAUGACAAUCAUUGAAGGUGGUAUACGUCCUCAAUGUAAAUUAACAUUGCGCCAUAUAUCACGUAUUGCCAAGGCAAUGAAUGCUCAGGGACAAUUACGUGAUGUCGUACAUGGCAUUUGUUUUGUUACACAUCCAGCCUUUAUAGCCGAAGCACGUCGUCAAUGGGAGAGACGUACCACAAAUGCCAUCAUGGAUUAUAUAGUAGUUCCUGCAUUGCCCAGAGAAGCUUUGGUUGAAUGGCAGGUAUGGGCCCAUACCCACAAUGAUCGCUUCGAAUAUGAAGAGACUGGCUGCUCAAUUAGUGACUAUACAAUUUCUAUAAGAAGACGUUGGAAUUAUGAAAAUAACUGUGCUGCUAUUGUUUGCUACAUUUCAACAGGCUUGGCCUCUUCAACCACACAACUAACUCAACUAUCCGAUGAUAUUUUAACUAAUCACUGUCGUUUAGCACAAAAUCUUACCGCUGAAAAUAUGGAUGAAAUUCUAACAUACGUAGUAAAUCGUCUUCUCAAAGACUAUCCUCUAGUGAAAAGUAGUGAAAAUCUUGAAAACGCUACAAAUAAUAACGGAUCUCUAGAUCAUCAUCAUCAGCAACAACAGCACCAUACCACACCAUCGAGCAUACCGGCCAUACACCUAAAAGUGUUCUAUCAAGUAACGGCAACACCCUCGGUGGAUCUAAUACUAACAGCUUUAAAUGAUUUCCGCCAAAAAUGUCAGGAUACAGCCAUUAUUGCUUUUACGGUUUUGCCAGCAUGCAGUUUACACAAUUUCAGUACUUUCCUCUCGAUAUGCGGUGUAAGACAUGAAUGAAUGAAUGAUUAAUUAAAUAAGCAACACAAAAUAACAAUAACAAUUAUGUCGCCCUUAAAAAAGGAUUUGUUAAUGAUUUUUUAUUACUAUUAAAAAUUAUUAUUAGAAUAUUUAAGCAUAAAAAGUAAGUUUUUUUAAUGUAAUUUUUUGUUUUCUGUUGCUUUGGACCAAAAAAAAAAAUAAUUUUCAAAUGAAACCAACAAAAAGGAAAAUGUGGACUUUUUACUAAAACUUAAGAGUUUCAAUAAAAAAAAUUGAUGAAAAAAUAACAAUUAAUAUUGACAAGUUUUUAUUUUAGUUUUUUUUUAGUUUUUCAGUAAGAUGCACUAUUAAAUUUUGUAUGAAAAAAACAAAUUUUCAAAAAUUCUGUUAUACAAAUGUUUUAUUUAAAUAUUGUAUCAAUAUAAUAACAAAUAUUAAAUAAAUUAAGCUGCCCACACGGAAACUUUAGGGACUUGUUGACUUUCUUAAUUAUUUUCUAUUUCCCUUAGUUUUCUUAAACAUUUGAGGUUAAAUUGAAUUGUAUUUGCAGCCUUAGGAGGUUACUCUAUAUAUUUGCCCAUAACUAAACUAUAAAACGAUAUUUUGAGACAAAAAUAGCUUAGGAUUUAGAAAACAUUUUAAACUUUUAAAUAAUGUUGAAAAAGUUUCAAUACAAUUGGAAACCACCUCUGUAUAACAUUUAGCCAAAAAACUAAAGUAGAUGAUAAAAUGAAAAAUUUGGCAACACUAUUUGAAAUAAAACAUACAUUUUAUUAUGUAGUUUUUAGACUUCUUUAUACCUUUAUAUCCCUACUUCGAAAUCUAGUAUUUAUGGGAUUUCGAGUCAAAUCUAAUUGAUUUUAACUAGAAUUUCCUUGCGAAACAAAAUAUACUUCGUAAGUAGAUUUUGGCAAACUCUACUCAAAAUCUAGUAGUUUUUAUUUUUUUCUUAAAUAAUAUCGCAGAAUGAGAGACAAAAGCAAAGAAGAAAAUCAAUAUGUCGAACAAAUUUUUAUAAUUUGGAAAUCAUGAAUGAAAAUUUAAUUUAAAAUAGAAGAUAGUGUAAUAUUUAAAUAUCUAUUUUUAAUAUAAAUGAAAUUCUAAUAAAUAUCCCAUAUUUCCUUCUAAUUUUUUCACACAAUUCGGGGAAAUAUUGGAAAAAAUUAAAUGUUCCUAAUAUCAAAAAUCUUCUAGAAUCUAGAUUUCGAAGUAGUGAAAAUGAGGUAUUAAAUUUUGAAAUGAUUUAAAAAGAUAAAAUAUAGUUCGGGAAGUCCCUUUAGCUAUAUCCAUCUGUCAUUCUGUCCCUCCAACUAUAAUCAAUUAUCUGAAGACCCCAGAUAUCUGCGUAAUCCAAAUCGUAAAUAGUUCUAUCAGACAUUCUUUCGAAAAGUUUGCUAUUAAAAAUCAACAAUAUAUAACGGGGAUAUAAACAAAAUUCUGAAAAAAAUACUGUUACUUUUCUGAUAUAUUGAACAUAUUUCGGAUGUUAUUUCUAUAUAGGAUAUGUUUAUUAAAAGAACGAUAUUCCCAAGACCUUUUAUUUUGUCUAGAAAAAGAGAUGUAUCCAAAAUAUAAGUUUUUGGGGAUUGUACUCACAUUUAAACCAAAAGAAAUUUUCUUUUUAUGAAGUAUUGAAUGAAAAUUUUAUUCAACGCCACGUAUGAAAGAAGUAUUCCAAUAGAAAAUGGAAUCGUAAGAAAAAGAAAAAGCAGUUUCAUUUCGUUCCAAUGCUUUACAAUUGUGUGUAAUCUACAUUACGACCGUAGGUACGUUUUUGUAAAGCUACGUUUCCGCGUACACCGUAAUCGGCACCGAAAACGAAAUUCCAUCAAAUUGCACUGUAAAAAGUUCGUUUCAUUCAUCUACACUAUGCAGUCUACUAUAUGCAUGUAUGUACUAUAUGAAGGAUUUAGGUGAGGUCCUAAAAAUAAUUUUAAAAUUCUGUCGAAUUAGUGAACAUAACAGUUCUUACACUCCUGGAAACUUGUAUUGUGGAAAAUAAAAGGUUUUAAAUAAAGUCCCUCAAUAUUUAUUUUAGAAAACAAAAUCUCAAUUCCGAUAAAUGUAUCACACAAACACCCAACAUUUUUAUUUUCUUUUAUUAAAUUAUUAAAUUAAAAUGCCAAAAAUCAAAUUUUACAAAAAAUGUGUCCUUUUAUGUGUCAUUAAAAAUAAAA